UUUUUUUUUGGGGGGGUUAUUUUUCUAACAAUUUCGACUAUAUAAUAAGUAAUAACCCUCCUUGGGGCUUCUCGGUUCUCAAGGACGUCAAUGGAUUAUGUAACUUCGAAAUGAAUAUUAUGAAACAAAUUGCUCUUUAUUAAUAAGCCUUUUGUUUCCAACACUUGUUCCCCAUAAAACAAAGUUAGCGUCGUCCCUCUCCGUAGGAAAAGGCAAUGGAAAAUCACAGUAAAAAAAAUGGAAAGACUGACUGAUUCGUAUACAAGGCCAAGAAGGAAACAUUUCCAGAUUCGGAGCUGAGAUGGAUGAAAGCAAGGGACCAUCACAUUACGUAAGGCUUACAAAGGAAAAAGAGCCUCUUGAAGAGAUCACCCCUGGAGAACUCAAUCAACCCGUUCAAGUUCCUCAGUUAGUUGUACAUAGAUGCCUUGAAUGUGGGCAACCUCUACCUGAAAGCUAUGAGCCACCUGCUGAUGAAGACUGGACAACUGGAGUUUUCGGCUGUUUUGAAGAUACUGAGAGCUGCGUGACGGGUCUGUUUUGUCCAUGUUUGUUGUUCGGGCAAAAUGUUGAAACCUUGAGAGACGAUAUAACAAGGAAUGAUGCAUGCUUUUGUCAUGCUUUAUGUGUAGAAGGCGGGAUGGUGAUUGCAGCAACCACCUUAUUCUUCCACGGCAUUGACCCUCAAACAUCAUUUCUCAUUGGUGAGACCCUGGUUUUUGCUUGGUGGUUGUGCGGCAUCUACAAUGGGUUGUUUCGACAAUCCCUGCAGAAGAAAUAUCAUCUCAAGAAUUCGCCAUGUCAUCCCUGCUUGGUCCACUGCUGCUUGCAUUGGUGUGCCUUGUGUCAAGAGCACAGGGAAUUGAAGAACCAUUUAUCUGAUAACGUCGAUAUGCAAAUGACCCUUCUUAAGCCACCGCCGGUUCAAGUAAUGACCUCUGAUGGGCAGAAACAGGAGGAGCCUGCACCAGCCUUACCUCCAUCUACGGUACCUGACGGAAAUGAUGAACAACCAAAAUUGGAGAAAACACCAAUAUAGGAUUGAUUUCUUUCUUAUCAAUAUUUUUUUUUUAUCAUUAAAAGAAAAAAACUAGUAGGAAGGAACUCAUUUAUGUCUUUUAUUAUCGUUGCAGCAAUUCUUUUUUUUGGUAAAGGUAGAAAACUACCCGUAUUUAAACUACAAUCACUCUAGGCACUAUAUUAGGUGGCUGUGGGAAGACGGUAAAACCCGGGUUCAAAUUAAAAGUUAUAGCUGCCAUACUAUUCA